CUUGAUCGACCAGCAGCCAGUCAGUGUGUGAGUGGUGCGUGAAGCAGAUGCAGAAAAGUAAAGAUGUCGUAUUUCUCAUGCGGCUGUGUAAUAUGAUGGUGAUGAUGGAGUGUUGAGAAAUUUCAUCCAGAUUUCGGCUCCGUUGUGCGUUUGAAAGUGGUGUGUAAUCGCGCUCGAGUUACCCAUCUUAAGCUGCAAUCCAUUGUUCUCGCUUUACUUAAAGUGAAACAACAGUUCGUGUGUGAGUGUGAAAUAAACAAAAUCAAAAAGUGUGGAAGUCCCCCCGCAACACCACUAUCCGUGUGGAAAAGGGUGCGUGCGUGUGUGUUGUGUGCCGCGCGGCCUGACAAGCGGGCGCGCAAGCGAGAGAAGUAGGCUGCGUUUUUCCUUGUUUUCCUUUUCUGCUUGACAGACGCACAGCAACUUUGCUCCCCAUUCAUCCAUCCGUCUCCCACUUUUGUGAACGGUGGGUGGAAGAGUGCGUGUGUGUGCGUGCGUGAGUGUAUCUGUGGAAGUGUGUGCGUGCGUGUGUGUGUGUGUGAAAGAGACAGCCCCGAUUGCAGGCGGGGUUGUGCGACGGCUGUGGUGGUGCUGCUGCUGCUGCUGUGGUAAACGUCAAAAUGGCGCACCAAAUGCUCGCCCCGUCCGUGAACUGUUCACUGGAUGAUAUCGAUCUGAACGCACUGAAGGAUCCUGCUGGAAUCUUUGAGCUGAUCGAAGUCGUCGGAAAUGGAACAUACGGACAAGUGUACAAGGGUCGCCACACAAAGACUGGACAACUCGCUGCCAUUAAGGUGAUGGACGUCACCGAGGAGGAGGAGGAGGAAAUCAAACUGGAGAUCAACGUAUUAAAGAAAUAUUCCAACCAUCGCAACAUUGCCACGUACUAUGGUGCAUUUAUCAAAAAGACGCCCGCCGGCAAGGACGACCAGCUCUGGCUGGUGAUGGAGUACUGCGGGGCCGGUUCCGUCACCGAUCUGGUCAAAUCGACCAAGGGCCAGAGCCUGAAGGAGGAGUGGAUCGCGUACAUCUGUCGCGAGAUUCUGCGCGGUCUGAGCUACCUGCACACGAACAAGGUGAUACACCGCGACAUCAAGGGCCAGAACGUGCUGCUGACCGACAAUGCCGAGGUGAAGCUGGUCGAUUUCGGUGUCUCGGCCCAGCUGGACAAAACCAUCGGCCGGCGGAACACCUUCAUCGGUACACCCUACUGGAUGGCACCGGAAGUCAUAGCUUGUGAUGAAAACCGGGACGCGACGUACGACAACCGGUCCGACCUCUGGUCACUAGGUAUUACCGCGCUCGAGAUGGCAGAGUCGCAGCCACCGCUGUGCGAUCUCCAUCCGAUGCGUGCGCUCUUCUUAAUCCCGCGCAAUCCGCCACCGCGCAUGAAGUCGAAGAAAUGGUCGAAGAAGUUCCACAGCUUCAUCGAUACGGUGCUGGUGAAAGACUACCACCAACGGCCUUACACGGAGCAGUUACUGAAGCAUCCCUUCAUCAAAGAGCAACCAACAGAAAGACAAGUUAGAAUACAGCUUAAAGAUCAUAUCGAUAGGUGUAAGAAGCGUAAGCAGGAGAAGGAACGCGACGACUAUCGUUACUCCGGAUCAGAAAACGACGACGACGACGGCCAAACUGCUGGCGAGCCGUCGUCCAUCAUACAGGCGCCGGGCAACGAUACGCUGCGGCGUACGUUCCACCAGAUACAGGAGGGCCGAAUGCAGAACGCCGAACAACAGCAGCCACCGAAUCGCAAUCAGAAACCGCAACCUCGUGACGAGCGAAGUAAACCGCAGCCGGUGGAGGAACCGGGCCCACCGUCGAGACCGCAGCUGCCGCAGCGACUCAUAGUGGUGCCGGACCCGCCGGCCAACAGCAACGCCAACCGACCGCUGCCACCGACACCGCGCAGUGGCAGCGGCUCGUCCUCCCAGCCGCAACAGCCAUCGUCACAGACGCCGCAGCAGCCGGCGCGCAAUCAGCAAAACUUCUUCAAACCAGUGCUGCCACCGAGACGACCUGAGGAACUGGACAUGUUGGCCGCACAACUAAACGAACUGGGCGUCUCCUCCCCCCCGCAGCAGUCGCAGCAAGCGCAGCCGGAGGCACCGCCGCGGAACAAUCGGCCCCAGCCCGGACCGCCCGUGCCCGGAUCGCAACAGCAGCAACAGCAGGUCAGUGCAGGUGGGGUUGGUGCCAGCGGCGUCGGCAAGGCGCCCGCCAUCGCACCGAACGGCAACAAUAACAGCAGCAAUGGGGCCGGCGGCGGCAGUGGCGGCGGCGUUGGUGGCAACAUCAAUAACAAUAACCAUCAUCCGCAACCGAUCAAUCCGCUCGAUCCGAUCGAAAGCUCCGACUCGGACUCGGAACCGGAGGAACCGAACGGCCGAACACGAAACGACGGCACGCUUCUGGCCAGCGAUCCACCGAUGCCACUUCCCGAAUUUUCCUAUAGGACGGGUGGCUUGGGAGUGCUCGCCGAAUCCGACCAGAACAAUCAGUCGUCGUCGAGUACGACGGCGGGCGGCGGCGGCGGCGGUGCCAGCGGAGCCAGUGUCCUGUCGCCACCGGGCGGCGGCGGCGGCGGCGGUGGUGGACCCCCGAACCGACCACUACCACCAACGCCGGACGACGAUGACGCGCAGGGCGACGGGACACUCAUCAAGCGGAUUUUGAAUCUAAAGUGGAAAAAUUUCGAACUGCAAACCGUGAACUGUUUAAACUUCGACAAUAAAUCAACCCCGUCCCUCGGAACGACCACCACCUCGUCGUCCGCGUCGACCGGCUCGACCACCCACUCCGAGAGCGACGAAGCCGUCCUGCUGCGCGAUUGGGACUUCGAGCGGUUCUUCCCGUCGAACGAGCGCCCGAAAGCGGCCCAGCGCCACUCGAUGUCCGACAAGACGUCCUCCUCCUCCUCCAACUCGCCGGCCGACUCGAACGGCCGGCUCCGUCCGCCGAACGCGAUCGACAAUAAAACGCGCAAGGAGCUGGCCAACUCGACCGCCUCCUGUGGGAUGAAAAAGCCCUACCCGCACCAUGGCAUGAACCUGGCGUACGCAGAGAAGCGCAAGGUCGAGGAGAUGAACAACAAGAUCCGGCUGGAGGAGCAGGUGAAGCACGAAAUAUUCACCCGCCAGCGGUUGCAGUUCGAUAAGGCGUCGUCACCUUCGAGAGGCCCGGGAGGGCAACAGUCUCAACAGCAGCAGCAGCAGAAUGCCCACAAACGCCAAGAAUCGGACUCGCGGCUGCCGCUCAACUUUGCCCGUGCCUUCCGGCGCGAAAAUUCAGACUUUUUCCCACUGUCCAAGCGCCACUCGGCCAUACUGGGCGAAGCGACCGCCGACGCGAAAUCAAUGGCCUCGGGUGGCGGUGGUGGUCAGGGUUUGCAACAGCAGCAGCAGCAGCGCUCCAGUGCGAUCUUUUCACGCAGCAGCCGCAACAAGUUUGAGCCCAUCUUGACCAACUUCUCGCUGAACAAUCCGUCCGGAAGCGAUGACGAGCGGCGGUCGUCCUCCUCAUCGCGACAGACUCCACCACGCCACGGUCAGCAGGACGGCGGUGGGGGUGCAAGAGGAACAGGUGUAGGAGGAGGAGCAGGAGGAGGAGGUGCUGGCACACCAAAGGAAGGUGGGAACGGAGGGCGACAGCCGAGUCCACUGGCAAGCGCGCAGGUGACACCGCGCAACAUGGACUUCUUGCGUCCGCGGCGCGAAAAAACUGAAUCCGUCAUCUUCGUACGUAACUCGCCCAACCGGCCGCAGCAAUCGCUGCUGUUUGAUGGUCAACAGAAGAAUCGCUCGGGUGAGAAUAGUAGCCUCGGUACGCCCGGUCAGCGAACGAGCAGCGUCCUGCCGGAUCUACUUAGUCAAGCUUCACCGGCGACGCCUCCAAGACAUGACAAGUCCGCCAGCGAAGAGUAUCGGGCCGCUGUUAACGCCUCCGUUCAGUCCAACCUCGUCCCUGGUAGCAUGCAACCCAAACCCUUCCUUCCAGCUCCAAACAGUACCAAUAGCGCAACCAACACCACCACCAACAACAACCUAAGCGCUGCUGGCCCUGCUACUACUACUCCCGGCAGUCGGGGGAACGCUUCGCCCCACUCGACCGUGUCGAACUCGUCGUCCUCCCGCAACAACAGUCCCAACCAUUCGAUUAACACUAGACUCCUAAGCAGUAGUAGUAAUAGUAGUAGUAGCGCGGUCGUCGUUAAUCAUAAACUGCUCAAUAACAAUCAUUUACUACCUCCUCCCUACCAUCAACAAUACCACCAACAAUCGCCCCACCAUCAUCAAAUGCAACAUCAUCUGCCAAUGGGGACGAUGCCGGUGCAUCUGCUUCCCGGUGCGAAUGGGAACGCGAACCACCAACAACAAUCGUCCGGUGCUGCACAACAACCAUCGCCACAACAACCACAACAACCGCUUCCGGUGUCGCCAUUCUCGCUCGCGCUACAACAGAAGCAGCGCAGCUUCCUCACGUUCGGCUUUGGCGCACAGUCCGGUGGAUCGGCCGCAUCACGGCGCGAGAGUCACGUGAACGUGAACGUGACGCCGACGUCGCACGAUGCAACGAGUGAUACGCCCGAAAUACGGAAGUACAAGAAGCGUUUCAACUCCGAGAUACUGUGCGCGGCCCUGUGGGGUGUCAAUUUGCUGAUCGGCACGGAGAACGGGCUGAUGUUGCUCGAUCGCUCCGGCCAGGGCAAGGUGUACCAGCUGAUAUCCCGUCGGCGGUUCCAGCAGAUGGAGGUGCUCGAAGGCCAGAACAUACUGGUGACCAUCUCGGGCAAGAAGAACCGUGUCCGCGUCUACUACCUGUCCUGGCUCAAGUCAAAGAUUCUCCGCACCGACGGGCUGACGGAUCAACAAGUGGAACGCCGCAACGGCUGGAUCAAUGUCGGUGAUCUGCAGGGUGCAGUGCAUUUCAAGAUCGUCAAGUACGAGCGGAUCAAGUUCCUCGUGAUCGCUCUGAAGGACUCGAUCGAGAUCUACGCCUGGGCCCCGAAGCCCUACCAUAAGUUUAUGGCUUUUAAGAGCUUCGGAGAGCUGAUGCAUCGCCCACUGUUGGUCGAUCUGACCGUGGAGGAGCAGACGCGGCUAAAGGUCAUCUACGGGUCGGCGGAAGGUUUCCAUGCGGUCGAUCUCGACUCGGCUACCGUUUACGAUAUCUAUCUUCCUAAGCAUACUCAGGGUCCAAUUUCGCCACACUGUAUCGUAACGCUGCCGAACUCGAACGGUAUGCAGCUGCUGCUUUGCUACGACAACGAAGGUGUCUACGUCAACACGAUGGGCCGGGUGUCGAAGAACAUCGUGCUGCAGUGGGGCGAAAUGCCAACCUCCGUCGCGUACAUCGGCACCGGCCAGAUCAUGGGCUGGGGCAACAAAGCAAUCGAGAUUCGUUCGGUAGAAACCGGCCACCUGGACGGUGUGUUUAUGCACAAAAAGGCGCAGCGUCUCAAGUUCCUGUGCGAGCGGAACGACAAGGUUUUCUUCAGCAGUGCCAAAGGCGGCUCAUCCUGUCAGAUCUACUUCAUGACGUUGAACAAACCGGGCAUGGCCAACUGGUAGAGCACAUAAAUCGCCUAUGUGCGUGUGUGUAGCCUGGUAUGGUCAUUUGGAAAAUAGGAUGAGUUAGAGCCCGAAAAUCGAUAAGGAGACUGUGUGUAACAGUGAGUUGGAGAAGAGAGACAUAGAAACAAUUCUCAAUGCUCUGUUGCGUUUGCAGCAGUAUCGUUGCAAACACCACUCACCUACAGGAUACACAUAAAGGUAGUAGAGUUGCAACGGAACAAUACAAAACAGCAGCAGCAACCGCAACAAAAUAAUAAUGAAAGUACAGUGCGCAGGAAAACUUUUUACUCUAGAAAUAGUAGCAAAACAUGUAAACUAAUUAUUAGCCGACGAAGCAGCAGCAGAAGCCGAACAGAACAAAACCCAACAAAGUGGGGGAAAAACAGCAGCAACAAAGCACAUAAUUGCCGAAACAAUUAUGAUACAGCAACAGAAACACACACAAACACGCAGAAAUGAAACUAGAAACGAAUUAUAGACGAGCAGAAUCGAACAACAAGCAGAAAGUGAGAGCAAACGCUCUGACCGAAGUGUAGACAACGCGGAAUAGAUAACCAAGUUAGGUAACAUUAUUAUCCGGGGUUAGUGCGGCGUACCGUUGGGUGGCAAAAAAAAACACGGUGCGAUUAGUUACACCUCCCUCUCUACCGCCCCUUGUUGCAUCGCAUUUUGUGCAAUAGGGUUGAAGUUAGCGAACGCGUCAUUACAGUGUGCAUCGGAUGACGGCGGUGACACCGUACCAUACACAGCAGCAAUCCUGUCUUAUGAGCGCAUUACCCCAGGCAUUAGUCCGGGACUGUGCGAUCGCUCCCAAUUGACCCGCUCCGCGGUUGCAUUAGAAUUGUUGUUGCCCCCGUUUGGUGCUAGUGUUAUGGCAUACCCCUCACGUAACACCGCGCACGUUGCAUGUGUAUUCUAAAUGAUGCGACAGAUGCGAUCCCGUCGUGUAUCGGUUUUUGGGCAUUUUCCCUCAUCUCUGGUAUUAUUCAGGUUAGCAUUUUUCUAGGUACACGGUACAACCGAAAGCCGUGAGAGGUAUAUAUCGGAAUAGGCAGAUACACGAAAGGAAGGGGGGGGGGGGCAAUCAAUGAUUAUGCGACACUUGGUUGGCGUAGUCGAAAUUGAAGGGGUAAAAAGGAAGAAAAAAACGACUAAUUUGGGAACGUAGUGUAGCAAGGAAUAGCUAAGAAACGAGUGUUCUUUCCCUUUUCUUCGUAAGUUUCCAUGCAGUUAGUUACACUUUCCUUUUUGCACGAUCACCGACAGCGUGAAUCACAGAAUGUGUAGGGUAGGGCAAACAGGAGGGUCAGGGAAACGAGAUAUAUACCGUGUUUGGUUCAGGGCCGAGCAUAUCUUCCAACUUAUGCCGUGUUUACGUUUUUACCCGUAUUUGGUAGUACCGGUAGUAGUGAGUUAUAAUCGAAUUUUAAUCUGGAGAAAAGAAAAAUUCGUACCUAAGCAUGGUGUGAGGAGGGGGGGGGGGAGGAGACUGUUUUUGAAAUGUUUUACUCACUCCUACUUCUAUCUAUAAUCGUAAAACAAUCAUUCACGCCAUAGCAUUUUCCCUCGUAACAAUUAAUUUCAUUUGCAUCGUUCUGUAGGAUUGAUUGAUUGGAUGGUACCGAUUAGUUUUGUCGCACAUGUGUAGUCAAGCGGGUCGAAGCAUAGAACGAACCAAGUUGCAGGUAAUAUUUGAGCGAUGAUAGUACUACACAGAUGUACGGUGCGCGUGAGGAGUCUUUUUCCCCGCUCCUUAACCUUUUUUUUUCAUGCAACCAGUUCGCACUAAAGUCGAGUUUUGUUUUCCUCUCGUUGCUUUUUAAGCAUUAUUUCACGCACCGAGCCGUGGUACGGCGCGUGCACGUGCUACUGCAGUGUGUGCGACACAGGGAAUUUGUUAGUUAAGCAAUGCGUGAUAGUAUGGUGGGUAUAACUGCGCAACGAACAGUGGCGAUUUUGGGACUAUCCAAAACGAAGCAUCCUUCCGUUCUGUUCGUGGACAAAAAAAAGAAGUCAUGUUGGUGAAUUAGCGCAGUAUACAUAGUUGCCACAGCCAAGCCGAGUUGGGGGGGUUGAGACAAUCGCGGUGGAAACGAUAGCAGUACACCGCGGUGUAUGCACUCCUCUCCUGCCCGCCUAGGAGCAAGAGCGCAAUCAGAGGUGCAGAGAGUUUAUUUUUGUUUUCAGUUUUAUAGUUUUUUUCCAUCUUUAUUUGUUUUCCUUUAUUUUUUCGUUUGUUUUCAUAUACAUAUGCUUAUUAUAUACAUAUAUAUAUACAUAAAGGUAACCAGACGAUAGUAUUUUAUUUUUUUCUCUCUUAUAUAGCUCGAAGUAUAAUUGCUGAAAGAAAAGAACAAAACAAAACAACAAGUUAAGUAAAUUGAAGAAAAAAACAGCUCGAAACGGUGUGAACAAUUAAGAAAGUAAGAAGUGUGGCAAUGUUCGAUUGGAGCUAUAUGCAGCAAUAUAAGCUAGAGUUAUGCAUUGUGUCAGCAAAUCGGCUCACCAAGAAAGGUGAUAACAUGGUAGAACAAACAUAAAAAAAAGAAAGAAAGAAAGAAGUAAAACAACACAAAGUGUGUAAGGAAGUAUAAUCGAUGCAGGGUUAGAGAACGCACAUUGUGCGACGGCAAGCUCGCGAAACGUAACGAAAAGAUAACCUUUAGAAGUUGUAAGAAGCAGAGUGGCGGAUAAGAAGGAGAGAAGAAAAUCAACAAGACGAAAUAAGAAGCAGAAAAGAGAAAGCAUUCAUCGCGCGCGCUCACCUCCUAGUUUUAUCGGUUUUUUUUUUAUCAUUGUAAACCCGGCCGCGGGAUAUAUUUGAAUGUGCAUGCAUGCAUGGCGGUGUGGAUGAAGAGGUAUAGGCAGCCCGCUUUCCAAUCCAUAAGCGCAGAAAAGUGGAAAAUAAAUGGAAGGGGGGAGGAGACCUAUGCUAGGGGACAACACGACACACGCCCGUGCAUCAUUCACGUAAUCAUACACGCCUACAUUAGAACACAUAUUGAAACACGAUGAAGAAGCAAACGAUGAUGAGGUGAAAAGGAUACAGUCAUACACAUCCACAUACACUGAACGACACAUAAACACACACACACACAGCCACACAUAAACAUACAAUCAAAACUCAUCAACAAAAUCAUUCUAUCUCUCUAUCUCUCUGUUUUUUGCAUUAGAAAACCCGUAGCAAGUAAGAUGAUUUGGAAUGAACAGAAGAACAAAGAACAUAUGAGUGUCGACGGGGGAAGAGGGUCGACGAAAGAAUUUGCGCAAAAGCAUUGAUAGAACAAGUACAGUUCGACCGCGCAGGACAGUUUAGCCAGGAACGAACGAACACGUGCAGGUGUAUCAGCUGCUGGUAUCAGCAGUGGCGCCAAACACACCGAUCACAAUACAAUUGAUGGUGGCGUGCGUAAACACAGCGUAAACCAGCAAAGCGAUACGAAGGCGAAUGAGGUAUAUAUGUGUAUAGAACAGCAAGAAUAGCGCGCGGUGGGAAAUAAAAUUAUCGGCAAGAACAUGUAAGUCCUGAGAAAACGUA